UCAGAAAAUACGCAAGUCAUUGUCAGAUUUAAUUACAAGUGAUUACAUUUAAUAGAAAGAAGAAAUAAUUAACUUAGAUUUUUGAGGAAUUGAAGGCGAUGUCUGACAUUGAAACGUCAUCGACUGACGCAGUUAUCCCCACCCGUAAAAAAAACCCGUAUCCGUUAUAUUAACUUUUGAAUAACGCAGCGCCAUAUGCCGCUCUACAUAGUACAUACAUCCUUACUUCAACAAGUUGUUUUAAUAUAUAUCAUAUGCAAUUAGAACCAACUGGUAACUGGUGUGUUAAUUUAAAGAGUGUUUAACCACACUUUAUUGGGUGCUUAUACCUGAAAGUGACAAAAAUUAGUAGCAUUUAAUUAUUUUUUAACUCCCGAGUGUUAAUUACCAUCAACUCGAAACAUGUCAUCACAAAUUUAUUACUCAGACAAGUAUUAUGAUGAUGAAUAUGAGUACAGACACGUAGUUCUGCCGAAAGAGCUAGAAAAAAAAGUUCCAAAAACUCACUUGAUGUCAGAAACCGAAUGGAGAGAGCUUGGUGUCCAACAAAGUAAAGGAUGGGUUCACUACAUGACUCAUGACCCUGAGCCUCAUAUUUUACUAUUUAAAAGAAAAAUAACAUCACCUCCACCAGAGAAAUAAUUGUUUUUUAAGGCCGCUGAAAAAGUUUAAAAAAAAAUUACUUCAAACAUUUUCUUAUCAUCGGUUCAAUGAUCAUCGUUAACAUUAAUUCAGAAGAGUUCAUUCCAUUCCAUUUACAUCUACAGUUACUAAUUAAUUACUUAAUAUUAUUAAUAGUCUUUGUAUUUUAUUUUUUGAAAAAUAUUUUAAGCCAACUCAGGUAACUCAGGUAAAAAAAAAAAACAGAUAUCUCGGGGCUCUUCUUUUUCAAAAGAUCUGUUAUUUUAAAAAAUGUCAAUGAAGUAUUCUGUAAAUAUUUAUUACUAACUUUUUCAUAGCUUGUAAUGUAGAUGAGUAUGAGAUUUAAGAGCGAAAAAAAAAACAAUUAAAGUUUAAAAAAUAA